UCUACAGAAAGAGACCAAGAUGAACACAGAGCCCGAGAGGAAGUUUGGCGUGGUGGUGGUCGGCGUCGGCAGAGCCGGCUCCGUACGGAUCCGGGACCUGCGGAGUCCACACGCUUCCUCAGCGUUCCUGAACCUCAUUGGCUUCGUGUCCAGACGAGAGCUGGGGAGCAUUGAUGAGGUGCCGCAAAUUUCUCUGGAAGAGGCUCUUUCCAGUCAAGAGGUCGAGGUUGCUUUUAUUUGCAGUGAGAGCUCCAGCCACGAGGACUACAUCAGGCAAUUCCUGAAUGCUGGAAAGCAUGUCCUUGUGGAAUACCCCAUGACACUGUCUUGGGUGGCAGCUAAGGACCUGUGGGAGUUGGCCGAGCAGAAAGGGAAAGUCUUGCAUGAGGAGCAUGUUGAACUCUUGAUGGAGGAGUUUGCAUUCCUGAAGAAAGAAGUGGUGGGGAAGGACCUGCUGAAAGGGUCUCUCCUCUUCACAGCUGCCCCACUGGAAGAAGAGCGGUUUGGCUUCCCUGCAUUUAGCGGCAUCUCUCGCCUGACCUGGCUGGUCUCCCUCUUCGGGGAGCUUUCUCUCGUGUCUGCCACUUUGGAAGAGCGAAAGGAAGACCAGUAUAUGAAGAUGACUGUGUGCUUGGAGACAGAGAACAAAGGCCCGCUGACCUGGAUUGAAGAGAAAGCACCUGGCCUAAAGCGAAACAGACGUUUAAGCUUCCAUUUCAGAUCUGGGUCCCUGGAGAAUAUGCCCAACGUAGGCAUCAAUAAGAAUAUUUUCCUGAAAGAUCAGAAUAUAUUUGUCCAGAAACUCCUGGGCCAGUUCUCGGAAGAGGAGCUGGCUGCUGAGAAGAAACGCAUCCUGCACUGCCUGUGGCUUGCAGGAGAGAUCCAGAAACACUGCUGCUCGAAGCAGUGAGGGGACGGGGCAGUGCUGCUCUGCUCAGCAAAACCGGAGCCUGAUCUUUAUCGAGAGUUGACCUUUCUCUCUAUUCUUACUAUUAAACAUGUCUUGGGUAAACAGGAUUUGCUUAUUGUCACCAGCUAUGUUGGGGCCUCCAGUGGGGGCUCCCAUGGGAAUGAAAAAAAACAAGCAGCCAACCUUGGUUGAGCAGCGCUAAAUGCUUUAAGAUGCCUGGUUUCACUCAGGCUUCCCAGUGGCCCUGCCAGAUGAGUGUUAUCAGAUAUGUUUUCCUUAGUAUCUUUGAAAACCUUAUUUGAAGUCACCCAGAUAGUAAACAGCAGAACCAGCCUUUAAAGCCCAUUCAUAUGCUAAAUCACCAAGAAACAGUGCCUUGACCCCUAUUCCCUGCCUUGGAAAAGUCUUAGUCACUCAGUCGUGUCUCACUCUUUGAGACCCCAUAGACUGUAGCCCACCAGGCUCCUGUAUUCCUGGAAUUUUCCAGGCAAGAUCACUGGAGUGGGUUGCCAUGCUCUCCUCCAGGGGAUCUUCCUGACCCAGGGAUCAAACCCAGGUCUCCCACAUUGCAGGCAGAUUCUUUACCAUCUGAGCCACCAGGAAAGCCUUCUUUCCACCCACGUGCCCCCCACCCCUGUCCCACCACACUGGGUGAUCAUGCCUAGUGCUGGGGAUCCCAAAAAUGAGUAAGAUGUAGCCAUUGCCUUCAAAAACUCAAUGUCCAGAGGGAAGCAAGUCACAUAAACUAGUCAUUGCCGGAGGUCCAGAGUGCUCCUGGCCAUCUGGAGAAGGAUUCAGGGAAGAUGUCCAUGCCAGGUCCUGAUGAUGAAGAGCUCAACCAUGUGAAGGUCAGAGGAGAGGGCAUUGUGGCCGGGAGCAGGGUGAACAGAAGGGAGUGAGGAACAGCCUGGCCGGUGCCCUGGGGCACUGGGUCUGGAAGUGGGAGUCCCAGGGAGGCAGAGCUGAUGGUGGGGGCCCUGUAGACCAGGUGAAGGGCUGGGGAGUUAUUAGGCUGUGCAGAGGCACCAAAAGGUGUUACUUAAAGCAGGGGGGCGAGGGUGUGCGUGGUUAGGUUUCUGGUUUAGGUAGAGAAUUAAGAAGGCUGCCUGGAGAGGAGACUGGAGACCCAGGAGGAGAUGGCCAGGGAAGCCACGCGUGUUUGUAGCUGCAGCCCUUGGCUCCUCUGGACUCAUGUCCGGUUCUGUCUGCUGACCUUGAGGCAGAGUGGAGUCCCAGGAAGCUGCUCUUUCGUGUCACUGGUGGCCCUGUUGCAUCUUCUAAGUUGGCGUUAAGAGUCUUGCUUCUGUCAAUGUCUCUCUCGGUUUGUUCCUGCUCCCUACUUGCCUUUGUGAUCUGUAACUAUUUUGGAAUCUGUGAGAUGGAGGCAAACUCCAUUUUCUACCUCUGUUUCUAUCGCUCCAUCACCUUAGUUGGUAAAGCAGGCAAAUAUAUUAAAUCUGAAAA